AUGUCAACUUUAGCGCCUUACCAACUAAACAACACCAGAAAAGCUCAACAAGACAUAGUGUUCUUUAACAGAGUACCGAAGGUAGGAUCUCAAACCUUAAUGGAGCUUUUAAGAAGACUGAGCAUUAGAAACGAGUUUGGAUUUCAUCAAGACCGAGUUCAAAGGGUGGAAACCAUCAGAUUAGCUCCAGAAGAUCAAGCAGUGCUCUCUGGUCUAGUAUCCAGCUAUGAACCUCCUUCGGUUUAUAUAAAACACGUUUGUUUCACUAAUGUGUCAUCAUUUGGUCUGCCCGAACCGAUUUAUAUUAAUUUAGUACGUGAUCCUGUGGAACGAGUAAUUUCCUGGUACUAUUAUGUUCGAGCGCCUUGGUACUACGUUGAAAGGAAAAUUGCAUUUCCGGACAUUCCAUUACCAGAUCCCAAAUGGCUUAAAAAGGAUUUUGAACACUGUGUGUUAUCUGGAGACAGAGAAUGUCGUUACAUCCGAGGCGAAAUCAGAGAAGGCAUAGGCGACCACAGAAGACAAUCCAUGUUCUUCUGUGGACAUCACAUGGACUGUCUACCUUUCAACACUGAAGGGGCUUUGGAAAGAGCCAAAAGAGCCGUAGAAGAAAACUAUGCUGUCGUUGGUGUUUUGGAAGAGAUGAACACUACAUUAACUGUCUUGGAAAAUUAUAUUCCUCGAUUUUUUGAGGGAGCGUCAGAUGUAUAUUGGAAUGAAAUAAGCAGAUACAACCCUAUCAACAAGAAUAACUUCAAGCCGCCUGUAAGUGAAGAAGUGAAAGAAAUUGUAAGGAGGAACUUCACCAAAGAAAUAGACUUUUACGAAUUCUGCAAACAGAGACUCCAUAAACAGUAUCUGGCACUAAAAUUAGAUAAAUCAUAGUCAACUUGUAUUUCGAAUCGUUUAUUUAUACUGAUAGAUUUUUGUGUUUGUUGCUGUUUUGUUUGUCAGUAGAUAUUGUUGUUUGUAGAUUUAUGUUACUCUAUAUAUUUGCAAAAUUCCAUAUCAGUAUUGUAUUUACUGUUUUUCUGGUAAAACAUGCUUUUAUUUAUUGUAAAUUAUGCUUGACUGAAAAAUUGUCUCUAUUAAUAUGUUUGUAAAUAUUACAUUUGAACUAGUAUUUAAUGUAUUACAAAGGAGGGGGGGGGGUUAUUCUUCUUGAAAUUAAAAUUUCUAUAAAACGUACCAAAUUAGGGAACUUGUCAAGGUUUUUAAAAUAUGGACAAAAUCUUGUUCUAGAUAUAAUUCUAUAUAAUAAUUUCUUGUCAAUAUUUUAUGUCAACCAUUUCAUGAAUAAAUUAUAGUU